UGCCUUGACCUCGCCUGACCUUUGUCUGCGACUAGCUGUAGGACUGAUUAUUAUGCGUAUGUAGUGCAUGCGCUAUUUUUCCGGUGUGCUUUCUGCCUGUAGCUUACGUUGUAUUACAGCGCGCCUUAUGUCAACAAUGGUGAAUGAACAUACAUGCGGUCUUUUGUCGGGCUUGAGCGAAAAAUCUUUGCCUCCUCCACCGGAAUUCAUAGAACAUCGCAAUCGCCUGUGGUCCAAAUUGCGUAAAGAGUAUGAGGAAUUCGUAUCAGCUCAGCCGCGAUCACUGAUUCAAAUAACUCUGCCUGACGGGGCUACGGUUGAGGGAAAGGCAUGGGAAACCACUCCAAUGGCUAUUGCUAAAAUCAUCAACAAGGAUUUAGCUGAACAUGCAGUCAUCGCCCGGGUCAAUGGCGAACUUUGGGACUUGCUUCGUCCAUUUGAGAAAGAUGCCACCUUGGAGUUGCUCAACUUUGAACACAAAGAUGGUCAAUAUGUGUUCUGGCACUCUUCCGCUCACAUUCUUGGCGAAGCGAUGGAGCAAGUGUUCGGUGGACACCUAUGCUACGGACCUCCGAUAGAGACUGGUUUCUACUACGACAUGUGGUUACCAGAGGUUCACAAGGGCCUCGGCCCCGAUGACCACGCUGUUUUGGAUGUGGUGUGCCGACGAAUUUGCAAAGAAAAUCAACCAUUCGAGCGACUGGAAGUCACCAAAAAUGAUUUGCUUGCUAUGUUUGCGUACAACAAAUUCAAAUGUCGUAUCAUUCAAGACAAAGUGGCCACACCCACAACUACCGUAUACAAAUGUGGACCUCUGAUUGACCUUUGUCGCGGGCCACACGUGCGUCAUACCGGAUGUGUGAAAGCCAUGAUGGUGACGAAAAGUAGUUCCGCCUAUUGGGAAGGUCAGGCUGACGCGGAAUCCCUUCAGCGUGUCUAUGGCAUCUCUUUCCCCGAUCCAAAACGCCUCAAGGAGUGGAAGCAUUUUCAGGAAGAAGCUGCUCGACGUGAUCAUCGUAAGCUCGGAGUGGAACAGAAAUUGUUCUUUUUCCACGAACUAUCCCCCGGCAGUUGCUUCUUUCUCCCUGCCGGCGCCCACAUUUACAACACCCUUAUUUCUUUUAUACGGUCGGAGUACUGGCGCCGCGGGUUUCAGGAAGUCAUUACUCCAAACGUGUACAAUUCUUCACUGUGGGAGAUCAGCGGACAUUGGCAACAUUACAGCGUAGGUUUGUUUGUUCUCACGCGUAUUCUGGCUCUUCUCCUCCGUGCGUAUUUAGUCUUUUGGCGCGCGCAUCAAUCGCUGCCAAACCAGUAUGCGAUCGAUGUGGCAAUUUAUACCCGCGUACUCCACUGGUUCCUUUUUCCGCACACUUUUGUGGCCCAAUCUCGUGAACCGAUGGACUUCGUUCCACUAGAAUUCGGAAUCAACGGUUUUUAUCUUUAUGGUGCUUACAGCACCCCACCCGUUCUUUUUAGGUUGGUAUGUUAA